UUUGGGCCUGGUGCUGGUGCAUGUUGCAUAAGCAGAGGGCGGAAGUUUCCCACACCUCCCCAGAGAAGGUUAGUUGUGCCUGCCCCAAGCUUCCUAACUCAGGACUUCAGUUUCCUGCAGAGGAGAAAUAUGACACAGAGCAGGCUUGGUCCCGGCUUUGGCUCUCUGCCUCUCCACGUGCUCGGGGCCUCUCCCAGCCUGGUGCUAAGCAGUGUCAUGAGUCCGGACCAGGUUGGAGAUUAAUUCUUGGGCAUGGGGGCGCUUGGGGACUUGGAAGGAGGGGGAGUGGCAGGUCCAAGGUCACCAACAGAGAGGGGCAGCUGCCCAUCCUUGACAUAUCCCUCCUCCUGGUAGUCCAGGACAGAGGUGAUCAGGCACCCUGGCUGGAAAAGACAGCCGAGAAGGGGGCCUGGGCACGCCUGGCCUGUGCCAAGCUUUGGCUUUGACUGGGGGCCUCCAGCUUCCCUGGCUCCUCCUCCCAGCCCCUCCCCCCACACACACACUUAAUACUUCCGGGACCCAGGCUACCCGCUGUGGAGUUUGGCAUUAGCUGUAGCUAGUGUGGGAGCCUGGAAAGACUGGGAGCAAAGUCUCUCAAACGGAGCAAAGUCUCUCAAACGGAGCAAAAGAAGGCGCUUCAGGCACUGUGCUACCUGCUAGCUUUCCCCAGAGGAGCCUCGGCUGCCACCUGCCGGUCUCUUGGGCUCUGGCCAUGUGGCUGCCUCUGCUGCUGGGAGUCUUGCUCUGGGCAGUGCUGUGGUCACUCAGGGACCAGCAGAGCCUGCCCGCCAGCGAUGCUUUCGUCUUCAUCACCGGCUGUGACUCAGGCUUCGGGCGGCUUCUGGCCCUGAGACUGGACCAGAGAGGCUUCCGAGUCCUGGCCGGCUGCCUGACCCCCGCAGGGGCAGAGGACCUAGAGCGGGUGGCCUCCUCCUGCCUCCACACCACCCUGCUGGAUGUCACGGAUCCCCAGAGUGUCCAGCGGGCAGCCAAGUGGGUGGAAACACAUGUUGGGGAAGCAGGGCUUUUUGGUCUGGUGAAUAAUGCUGGUGUGGCCGGGAUCAUUGGGCCCACACCGUGGCUCACACAGAAUGAUUUCCAGCGGGUGCUGAAUGUGAAUACACUCGGUCCCAUCGGCAUCACCCUUGCCCUGCUGCCCCUGCUGCAGCAGGCCCGGGGCCGGGUGGUCAACAUCACCAGUGUCCUGGGUCGCCUGGCGGCCAAUGGUGGGGGCUACUGUGUCUCCAAGUUUGGCCUGGAGGCCUUCUCUGACAGCCUGAGGCGGGAUGUGGCUCAUUUUGGGGUCCGAGUCUCCAUCGUGGAGCCUGGCUUCUUCCGAACCUCUGUGACAAAUCUCAAGUGUUUGGAGGAGACCCUGCAGGAGUGCUGGGCACGGCUACCUCCCGCCACACAGGCCCGCUAUGGGGAGGCCUUCCUCACCAAAUACUUGGAAGUGCAGCGGCGCAUCAUGAACCUGAUCUGUGACACGGACCUGACCAAGGUGAGCAGGUGCCUGGAGCAUGCCCUGACUGCUCGUUACCCCAGAACCCGUUACAGCCCAGGCUGGGACGCCAAGCUGCUCUGGCUGCCAGCCUCCUACCUGCCAGCCAGCCUGGUGGAUGCUGUGCUCACCUGGGUCCUUCCCAAGCCCGCCCAGGCAGUCUGCUGAAUCCAGCCUUCUGGCAAGACAUUGUUUCUGCCCCCACCCUGGUACUGCCUGAUGCCUGGCACAAAAUAAGCACUCAAUAAAUGUGUCUUGUUAAACAAACAACAAAACACUGUAGGUGGGCAGAAAUGAAGUUGUCCAGUGGGAGACUGACCCCAUUUAAGUGCUACCCCCUAGGCUGACUUAAUGCCCAGGGUACCUGGCCUGUUGAGUACCUGCAAAACCACUAGCAACCACUGGGCGCAUCGGUGCUCUUUGAAGCUGUACCUGGAAUGGCCACCAGAGGGCACUGUUGGACGUUUCCUUUCUUUUCUACUAAGAGUAAAGGUGCAGUUCGGUGUUCAGAGUACAAAGGGCCAUAACCUAUUUUUCUUGGGAGGGAGGGAAGGUAGUGAAGAGGGGUCAGGACCAGGCUGGGUGGGUUCCAUGGGGAAAAAAGGUAAUACCCACUUAAAUUGUCCCCUCUCUUUAUUUAUUUUUUUUUUUUAAAGAGUUUGUUUAUUUGGGCUAGAGCGCGAGUUGGGGGAGGAGGCAGAGGAAGAGGGAGAAGCAGGUUCCCCACAGAGCAGGGAGCCUGAUGUGUGGCUCAAUCCCAGGACCCUGAGAUGAUGACCUGAGCCAAAGGCAGGACAUUUAACUGACUGAGCUACCCAGGCGCCCCCUCUUUUUUACAGAUUUAUUUAUUUGAGAGAGACCAUGCGAGCGAGGGGAGGGGCAGAGGGAGAGAAUCUCACUCCCCACUGAGCGGGGAGCCCGACAUGGGGCUUGAUCUCAUGACCCUGUGAUCAUGACCUGAGUCAGCCAAGAGUCGGACACUCAACCGAUCGAGCCACCCAGGAACCCCUAAAUUGUCCUCUUAUCUGAGUCAAGAAGGAUGGUAUUGGCCACAAAGGUGUCAUAGCAACUUACCACCACCCUAAAAGGAGCCAGGUCCCCUUUGUUGGGAGGGAGUUGCUAGGCCCUCAGAGGCGGGCAGAACACCAAGGAAGAGAUGUCCAUGGUAGAUUUGGGCUGGCCUCUCCCGGGUAGGGCCUUUGUGGGGAAUCCCUUGGACUUUUGCAGGACAUGGCUUCAUGAACCUUGCAGCACUGUACCUGGCAGUACAGGAAUAGGAGACAGGGAGCGCAGUGGGCCCCAUCCUCCUCCAGAUCCCCACUUCCACUGCAAGCCCCACCAGCGCCUUCAGCAAAACCCGCCUUUCCCAAACACCCCCCCAAAAUACGCCUUCCUUCCCAAGGUGCACACAGAACAAGAUCCCAGAGGACAGGAACACGGGUGAGGAGAAGGAAAGGCUAAAGUUAUCACUCUUCAAGACAAACAGACUAUUUUUUUCAGUCUGAAAAAAUAAUCCGUUUAAUUGAAAAACCUGGUGUACUACCCCACUCCCUUAGAUGAGGGGGCUGAAGAGACCAGACCCUCUACAUCACUUCAUAGCCACUUCGGAUACUCUUCACGAGGCAGCAGGCAAAGACAAUUCCCAGUACCUAAAAGUAAAGAUAGAGCGGUGGAGAGGAGUCAGAAAGGCAAAGUAUCCCAGGCCCACCCAAGAGACCCCAAACACAACCAGGGCCCCCGUCCCCAGGCCAGGACUUCCGCAGCACCCUCCUCCCACUGCCCCUAUUGCCCAGAUGCCCCAGAAUGAGUCCCAGGGGCGCCGCUCACCUCCACAAAGGCAAUGCCCAGGGCUGCUGCGGCCACCACCAGCACAUUUCUCCUCAGCCAGCCCCCAAUCUUCUCCACACAGCCCUGAAGGGUAGCGGGCACACAAGGCAAGAACAUCAUCAGAAACUUCCCACCCACCUUCCCUGGUCCCUCUGGCUCUCCCCUACUCUCUGUACCUUUCCCCCCAUCCCUAGCACUCCCAGAUCCCCUCCCAUCCCAGGGCCCCAACCCUCUCCACAUCCAUCCCUGGUCCCUCUCUCAACCCUUGAAAUCUUCCCCAGGUUUCCCAAGUCCCCUGCUAUCUCAGCUUCUUCCCUACCUCAGGGUAGAUGUUCUUCACUUGGAAAGAAACCCCACAGUCCUUUGUGACAUUGAUGCAACAGGAGUCAGGGACUUGGCCCUUGGGCACGCUAGGGACGUUCUCCCAGUCCGUGUAGUUAGCUGCCCCACAGCAUUUAAACUGCGGGAGAAGAGAAAUAGCGAGUAGGUUAUUACGUGAACCUCCACCUUCAAUGUGAAGGUAAGAAUCUUCUUCCCCCACUACCCCUGCUCCCAGCAACCUCACUCACAUCUUCCUGCAUCUUGUCCAGGGCCGAAGUCGUGCGGUUGUCUUUCCGAUAAUUCUGCAUCUGCUGCCGGAAGUCCUUAUUAAAUUCUAACAUCACCUGGGAAGAGGAAGGAGCAUUGUUGAGGUCAAACUUCAGGGCACACACAUCCCAGAGCAGCCAGACCUCUGAGGUAGGGCCCUCCCCUGUUCCCCGGCUUACCUUGUCUCUAAACACAUAGCCAGCAAUGGCUGCGGCCACCUCCACCAGCAUGAUGAGUGACAGGAAGAUGGCAAACUGCGGGCACGGUGGACCGGGGUCAGGUUUGGAGUCUUGGUGAGAGUGGCCUGCCGUGGCCCAACCAGCCUCUAGCUCACUCAUAAAGGUUUUCCUCACUUCACCUCGUGAGCCCCCUCCGUGGACACCCUCCCCACAGCCCUGGACCCCCGUGCUGGCCCCACACCCAGCUCACCGUGAUCAUAAGACAGUAGUUCUCCUUGCAGGCCCCACAGCAGCCCACAAAGGCCACCAGGAAGAGGAAGGCACCGACUGCGAUGAUGACCACCGGCAA